CAAGAUGACAUUGUUAGUUUUAUAUUCACAAUAUACAAGUUUCUUGCCGAACUGUGCAAAAUAAAACAAAGUUAGAGAUUGAAGUUAUCUUCGUGAGAUUCAAGAAUCUUUAAAAUUUAUUUGGAAUGAUAUAUAUUGCGGAAAAGCUUUGAAUAUCUAUCAUGCAAAGAAUAUAAUCGUAAUGGAUGAAACUUACUACCACUGCAUGUUAUGCGCCCAGCUAGAAAGUAUCAGUAAAUUAAUCCCAUUGGAAGCAGACGAAGAGUUGCUUCAUAAAACGAUCCUAAAAUUAUCACGUUUAAAUAUAUUGUACGAUUAUGACCAAACAUUUCCAAAGAAUGUUUGCAAAUCGUGUAACGACAAUGUUGAUAAAGCCUUUGAAUUUGUAUCAAAAGUUGAAAAAGCCCAGAAUGUUUUAAGUGAUCUUUAUGAAAACAAAAAUAACUCCUUAAAAGAGCAAGAUUCUGAUGUUUCGGGAGGUGAACAAGGUGAUAUUUUGAAAAGUGAAGAUGAUGGUAUUUUUAAAGAUCAACAGACAGAUGUAUUAGAAGAUAAAAUAAAGUCUGAGUUAUUUGGUGAUCAAAAGAUUCAUUAUUUGGAACAGGACGAUAUUUCAGAACAUCGACAGAAUGAUAUUUUGGAACAACAGAGUGACAUUUCGGAACAUGUGGAUUCAUUGAGAGAUAAAUCUGAAAGUGGUGCUGGCCUAGAUUUCGAAAUUUACUCUCAAUCUUCUAAUGACAGUUCUAUUAUCUCAGAGGAAAACUCAGACUGUGAAAGUUUUUACUAUAAUAAAAAUAAAAACAGUAGUAAGAACACAGAUAUAAGAUUAACUUGGAAUGAUUACCAAUGGACGUGUUCUGUUUGUGAAACACAGUUUUCUACCCAUGAAGAGCUAAAACUACAUUCCAUGCAAUAUCACCAAAUUUGCAAUGCAUUAAAAUGUCAUGAAUGUAACAUAAGGAAAUUGCAUUUAAAUCGAUUAAUUGUACAUGUACAAAGACAUAAUCCACAUUUUAAAUUUAUGUGCUAUUUAUGUAAUUGCAAAUUUUCUUGUACCCGUGCAUUAAAUAGUCACACAAGGAUGGCCCAUGGACCUAAAUCAAAAUAUGUAUGUCCUGGUUGCAAUGCUGAUUUUGAAAAUUCAGAAGAACUACAAGUGCAUACAGAAAAAUUCUAUAGAGGAAAACGUUUUAUACAUGUACCAAUUGAGUUGGUCUCUAACCAGAAUAGCUUAUCCUGUGACAUUUGUAAAAAGUCAUUCAACAACAAGCAAUUACUUCAUAGUCAUUUAUUUAUACAUACUGAUAGAAAAAAGGAACAUAUAUGUGAUAUAUGUGGUAAAGGUUUCUUCAAUAAAAAUCAAUUGAAAUGCCAUUCAAUGUCACAUAAAGAGAAAAAAUCACAUGAGUGUAAUGUAUGCAAGAAUAGUUUCAAAACAUUGAUGCAAUUGAAAAAACAUAUAGCUAUUCAUAGCGGUGAGAAACCUCAUAAAUGUGAUCAGUGUGGAAAAGCGUUUCGUUUAAAAAGUUAUCUCAACUCACAUUUUAUAAUACACACCAACUCUCUACCGUAUGAUUGUAUGUAUUGUGAAAAAAAGUUUAGGUUUAAAACUAUUCGAGACCAACAUAUAAGGCAGCACACCGGAUUCAAACCAUAUUCAUGUGAAAUCUGUGCAAGGGAUUUUACAAAUUGGUCUAAUUAUAACAAACAUAUGAAAAGGCGCCAUGAUUUGAAUAUGGCUAAGAAAAAAAGGACACCAGAGGGUGUAUAUCCAAUUAAUCCAUCUACUGGUAAAAUAAUAAAAUAUGAUUGUAGUGAAACACUGGAAUCGAAGAAUAGCAAUAUUAAAGGAAGAACUAAAAGGGUGUCCUCAUCUCGUAAGAAACCACAAAUCACUGAUUUGGAUGAAGUUCAAAAUGAAAAAUCUGAAACAAAAUGAUUUCUGGUGGAAUCUUACGGUAUCAAGUCAGAAUCCACCACCAAGUAAACCUUCUUACUGGAACUCCAAUACUUGUUAACUGAUUGCUCAUUUUGCGGCAUUAAUUACGUAGGCGAAACUUUAUGGUUAGUUUUUAAUUUGAACUCAAAAAUAAUAGCAUUAAGUCAAUGUGAUAUGUCUUCAGGCUGAUUUUAAAAUAAAUAUGAUGUUUAUUAGUUUAAAUUUUGUCGAUCUGUUUUCUUAUUAUAUUUAUACUACGGGCAUAAGUAAAACCAUUUCAUCAUACAAAUCAUAAUUUAUUAGAAAAAACACUUAUUAAAUUUUACU